AGCGUGUCACAACAUUCCCACCAUCGAAUGCCUCCAUGCCCGGUCCGUCCAACCACAGAAGGCAGAAGGCUGCAAAAAAGAAGGCUAAAAAGCCGCUGCCUUUCCCUCCGCCCAACCUCGUGUCUCCCGCUGCCCCCGACCCCCCCGACCACGAUGUCGUCCCCAAACUACCAUUUAUCUACGACCCGGGAAACGGACCUCGCGUACGCGACACUCGCUCCUUCCUUUCGUCCUUUUUCGCACAGGCCCCAGCUAUGGACGUUCCGAUGUGCGCAGAGUUUGCACAGGAGGAGAUACAACAGAUGCUCUCUACCGUGUUGCCGGAAGAGACUGCUUUGAUUCUGUGGUACAACAAGAGCCGGGCAACGAGCAGGAUAUGCCCCGCGUGUCAGCGGCUGUAUCAUCUUGGCGACGCGUUACCCAAUCUUAUGGGCGACGAUCCGGACGACUCGCAGAAGGGGCGUCUUCCCCAGCUCCAGAGGGAACAGGAACUUAGUGGAUUAUGCUCUCCUGUUUGCUUCAUUCUUGCUUCGUGCAACUUUCCUGAAGCUAUAAAAUCCGCAUGGGGUCACACCGAGGACGAGAUGGACGACACGGCGUGGUCUAUGCUCAAUGCCCCUCUUCAGAGCGACCAACACGGCGAGCUUAGCACAGGGCUCAGCAUGCUCGUUCGCAUGACGCGUCUCUACGAUCUGGGUCUCGCCCAGCUAUGUUUUCCUGACAUGGAUCUGGAUUCAUGAAUCGCGACGAUCUUGUAUGUAUGUACGCGUUCUUGACACUUGUACUUGAUUCUGCCUAUUUAUUUAAUCAAAUAUUCAGACUUUUUUCGUGUUCUAAGUUCUGGAUGUAUCAUUAUUUGAAUAAAUCGCGGACACUCGCUACCGAUAUGCAUUCUGCGUAGAU